ACAUUGGUGUCCUAUCUGACUCACACCUCUCUCCUUUGAUCUGUCUCCCCAGAAUCCAGGCUGCCCCGCGUGGAGGGAGCCACCCCUAGGUCAGAAAGAUGGGGGAAAUGGAACAGAUGAAGCAGGAGGCUGAGCAGCUGAAGAAGCAGAUUGCGGAUGCCCGGAAAGCCUGUGCAGACACAACGCUUGCUCAGAUUGUGUCUGGAAUGGAGGUCGUUGGGCGCAUCCAGAUGCGGACCCGAAGGACCUUGCGGGGACACCUGGCCAAGAUCUACGCCCUGCACUGGUCCACAGACUCCAAACUUAUGGUCAGUGCCUCACAAGAUGGAAAACUGAUUGUGUGGGACACAUACACAACUAACAAGGUUCAUGCCAUCCCUUUGCGUUCUUCCUGGGUCAUGACCUGUGCCUAUGCCCCCUCUGGCAAUUUUGUGGCCUGUGGAGGCCUUGACAACAUGUGCUCCAUCUACAGCCUCAAGUCUCGUGAAGGCAACGUCAAAGUGAGCAGGGAGCUCUCAGCCCAUACAGGAUACCUCUCCUGCUGCCGAUUUCUUGACGACAACAAUAUUGUGACUAGCUCUGGAGAUACCACAUGCGCGCUCUGGGACAUCGAGACAGGGCAGCAGAAGACUGUGUUCAUUGGUCACACUGGAGACUGCAUGAGCUUGGCCGUCUCCCCUGACUUCAAACUCUUCAUCUCCGGGGCUUGUGAUGCUACUGCCAAACUGUGGGACGUGCGGGAGGGCUCCUGCCGUCAGACCUUCUCAGGGCACGAGUCCGACAUCAACGCCAUCUCCUUCUUCCCCAACGGCGAAGCCAUCUGCACCGGCUCCGACGACGCCACCUGCCGCCUCUUCGACCUGCGGGCGGACCAGGAGCUCAUCAUGUACUCCCACGAGACCAUCAUCUGCGGGAUCACCUCCAUCGCCCUCUCCCGCAGCGGCCGGCUCCUGUUCGCUGGCUACGAUGACUUCAACUGCAACAUCUGGGACUCCCUGAAAGCAGAGCGUGUGGGAAUCCUUUCUGGCCACGACAACAGAGUGAGCUGCCUGGGGGUGACGGCGGAUGGCAUGGCUGUUGCCACUGGCUCCUGGGACAGUUUCCUCAAGAUUUGGAACUGAGGACAGCAGCAGAGAGGGGAUGAGCAGCAGAAGCACGGCCCACAGCCCGAGCCCACGCAAAACAGCAUCAUCAGCUGAGCACAACAGAAAUGCCUACCUACCACUCCCACUCGUCUCUAGACACAGGUCACUUGUAGGAGUCUCCCAGAGUGAAAGGAGAUCAGGGAGGAGAAGCAAGGGGAGCUGGGGAGUAGGAGCAAAUGCACUGGCCCUUCUCUCCACCUCUAAACAGCCCCAGCAGUUUCCAGCCUUGUGCAGGCUUGAAGACCUGUUCUUUAUGUCUCAGGACUUUGCAGUACAAUUCAGACACCCUGCACCUUCCUUCAGACACCUCUACCCACACUGGUACCCAUCCUCCUCCUUCAGGGGACCCCUCAUGCAACACCCACCCCAGACUAAGCUCUCUCUCUGCUUUAAUUCUCCCUAACUUCUCUGUGCAGCUGUUCUGCAUACAUGCAGACAGCCCCAGACACACUGGAUUUAUGAUUUCUAUGGCACCGCCUCAAACAUAAAGCUAGAGUAAAUUUGGCUCAUUUUCAUGGGGGAAUACUUAGCUCAAGUCCUAUCUAUGCAUAAAGGGGGGAAAGGCAGCCUUCAGAUCUGCCAGAAUAGCAGGGAAUAUAUUUAUUCUUUUGUUAGUUCAAGUCUUAUCUAUGCAUAAAUGGCAGAAAGGUAGCCCUCAAAACCUGCCAGAAUAUCAGGGAAUAAUAUAUUUAUUCUUAUUUGUUGUCUGCUUCCUGCUGUUCCUUCCCUCUUUGCCUCACUCCUGCAUUGUGUGGUGACCCUAUCUAACCAGUAGCCAUCAGCCCAUGUUUUCAAGUCUGUUUAGAUCUUUACAGCCCAGGCAA